GCUCCGUACAGAACGCCCAGUGUCCGUUUCCUGGCUCCAGUUACAUUGUAUCGAUUCCCGGAGGAGGUGUUAAGAGCGGUGGCGCGAAGGAGGCGGCGGCGGCGGCGGCUGGGCACUUUGGGGGGAGGCUGGUGGGGGCGGGGGGGGACAGAUCAGUGGCUGUGAGUGUCUCCCCUGCCUCCCCCCCCCGGCUCCAAUCGCUGCAGCCAACGCUCAGCCCUAGCGAGAGCCCCCGGAUCGACCCCCCCCCCGUGUGCAGAUCGCUUCGCAGGGGCGGAGCCCCCCCGGCCCGCAGCCCGCCGCAGCUGGAGCAGGAGGAAGCGCAAGAUCCCAACAUGGCUGAAAUCAGCAUCGAUCAGUCCAAGCUACCUGGCGUGAAGGAAGUGUGCCGAGACUUCGCCGUGCUGGAGGAUCACACCCUCGCUCACAGCCUGCAGGAGCAGGAGAUUGAACAUCACUUGGCAACAAACGUUCAGCGCAACCGCCUGGUGCAACAUGACCUGCUGGUGGCCAAGCAGCUGCAGGAGGAGGAGGAUCUGAAAGCGCGAGCCCAAAUCCAGAAGCGCUACAAAGACAUAGAACGGCAGGACUGCGAGAUAGCUCAGGAAAUUCAGGUGAAAUUGGUGAUUGAAGCAGAGCAGCGGCGCAGACAGGAGGAGAAAGACGAGGACAUUGCCCGCAUCCUACAGCAGAAGGAGCUGCAGGAAGAAAAGAAGAGUAAAAAGCACUACCCUGAACCCCAGGGACACGCCGCUCAUGAGGACAGUUACUACCCAGAGAACGGAGACCACCUGAGGGGUAGCUCCAGGGAGCAGGUUUCUGAGUACUCAAGGCCCCGCAGAGCCCGGAGUGGUGACAGGCACGUGCGUGAGCAGAGAGGACCCCAAAGAGCCUCCCUGGCUCUGUCUGAUAAUGCCACUGAACGCGAGCACCCCGCCGCCGAGGAGUCUCGGCGCUCUCCUCCGCUGAGCAAGCCCAGGGACGGCCACCAACGCAGCAGGGAGCGGCGGAAACCAGCCAGCCGGGAGAGGCCUCGGAGACCUCCCAGCCUUGACCUGGACAGGACAGCUGACUAUGAACCCUGGGAGCGCAGCAGCAGCUUGGAAAGGAAGCCACUGAGCCGUGAGAAAUCCAGGCCUCCCAGCCUCGAUCUGGACAGACCAGUUGAAUACAAGGCCUGGGACCACAGCAGCAGCUGGGAGCAGCGGGAAAGGAAACCAACUAGCCGGGAGAGGCCUCUGAGGCCUCCCAGCCUUGAUCUGGGCACAGAGGUAGGACGUGCCACCUGGGAGCAAAAAGAAAGAAGGCCAUUGAGCCAGGAAAGGCCUCGGAGGCCUCCUGCUCUUAAACUGGACCUGGAGACUGACCAGGCAGCCUGGGGCAACAGCAAAAGCCAGCAGCAGAGAGACAGGAAGCCACUGAGCAAGGAGGGAGCGAGGCGACCUCCCAGUCUUGAUCUGGAGGCAGCUCGGGACCACAGCAGCAGCUGGUUAUCAAACCCGGAAAACCACAAGUCCCACCGCCAAGACCGCCUGUCCCCCAGGGGGGCUUGUGAAGUGAGGCUCCGUGACGCAGAGGAAUUGCACAGGCAGGAUGAUAGGAGGGGUGAGGAGAGCGAUUAUAAAAGAGCAGGACACGGGCCAAGAACGUCUCCCUCCCCCCUCGCUGAGAACUGGGAAAAGGACAGAGACCGCCAUCGAGACCCAGGACUGAAGUCGAGGGGGACAAAAGAAGCUGUUCAUGCCAAACCCCGAGUGGCCCGUAGGGACCUGGAGCUGUAUGAUGCAGAGAUCGCUAGGAAACUGCAAGAGGAAGAGCUUCUGGCCAACCAGGUUGAUAAGAGGGCAGCGCAAGUAGCCCAGGAUGAGGAGAUAGCUCGCCUGUUGAUGGCGGAGGAAAAGAAGGCUUAUAAGAAAACGAAGGACCGAGAGAAGUCCUCUCUGGAAAAGAAAAGGCAGGACCAGGACUGGAAGCGUGAUGCAAGUGAAGCCGCGCGUCCAAGGUCAAGAGAGAGGCUUGAACCUCAGAGACUCAAGAGUGACAAACCUGCCCGGCCACCGCCGCCUCCAGUCACAGAACUGGACGACUUUGAUCACAGUCGUGGUUUUACAAGCCAGCCUAGCACCGUGCGUCAGUUUUCUAAACCUGAGUCUUCUCCAAAAGGUUUCCAUUACAAGCAGUAAAAAGCUGGACUUUGCAUUGAUACUGACUCUCUUCUGUAGCAAACGUUACUGGAAUUCCCAGGAGAGCUUCUCAUUUCUUUUACCCAACUCGAGUUCCAUCCUCAGGACUUCUUCCUCUUUAAAUGUCAUGUCAAUAAGUAGUGUCUGUUCAUCCUGGCUUCCCGGUUGGUUGUGAUCACUUUAGUAGUGCAGUAAAAUCUAGCCACGGUGUAGCUGGCCAGCUGUACCCAGCUAGCUGAUCUGGCAACACUUUUACAACCCUCGGAAUCCCUUUUAGCUACAGCUGCAUCUUUGACAAUUAGUGGCAUGAUCUUUUUUCAGAGAGAGAGAGAGAGGGAGUAAUUGGGGGGG